GCCACGACGUUCCCGUGCCAGCGUACAGGUCCGGAGAACAGCUGACGGCACCAUGAUCUCGGUCCUGCUCCUCGCUGCUCUCGUGGGUCACGUGACAGGUCACGGCCGCCUGAUGGACCCGCCGGCCAGGAACGCCAUGUGGCGCUUCGGCUUCCCCAACCCGGUCAACUACAACGACAACGAGCUCUACUGCGGCGGCUUUAUCGUGCAGUACCAGCACAACCAGGGCAAAUGCGGUGUGUGUGGGGACAACUACGCCCUGCCCGUGCCGCGACCUCACGAGGCCGGGGGCACCUUCGCGCAGGGCGUGAUCGCUAAACGCUACGCACCUGGUCAGCUGGUCGACAUCGAGGUGGAGCUGACUGCCAACCACAUGGGCAACUUCGUCAUCCGCCUGUGCCCACACAACAACGACAAAACGACGAUCACGCAGGAGUGCCUCAACAAACACGUGCUGAAGGUGGCGGGCACCGACUCGAUCCGCUUCAUCAUUCCGGAGGACUCGGGCAAGGCGGGCAUCUUCCGCUGGAAGGUGGAGCUGCCGCCCUACUUGACGUGCACCCAGUGCGUCAUGCAGUGGACCUACUACGCCGGCAACACCUGGGGCACCUGCUCGGACGGCACGCUGGCUGUCGGCUGCGGCCCGCAGGAGACAUUCAUCAACUGCGCCGACAUCGCCAUCAUAUCCAACACCGGCUACUUUGGGCCCGUAGAUAACAGCCUGCGCAUCCACCUGCCCUACACCAAGGCGGACGCGGCCCGGGUGGUGAGCGCCACCGACGCGCACCGCACCGAGCCGAGCGCGCCCGCUUUCCGGCCCCAAGUGUGCAUCCCACACGGCCGGUUCGCCGAGCAGGAGGGCGCCGACGAGCACUGCCUGCAGUGUCUCGCCGAGCCGGACGCCUGUGAGGACGACAAGUGCAUGUGCAUAACCGAGUGCGAGGCGAGAGGAGAAUUCGCCAAGAGGCCUCAGGCCGAUCUCUACUGCCACGAGAACUGCCUGGGCUACCCCAGCCACUGUCCGGAGGACCGCUGCCGCUGUUACUGAUCAAGGUGCGGCCAGCGGCGCCACGCGGGCAUUAUUGAAACCACUCUGUGAUCGCGUUGAACGCUUCGGCUGCUUACGAAGCACGAGCUUUGGGCGAGAACAAGGACAGACUACACGCAACCACGCACUGAAAACCUCGAAAGUUCAGAGUGAGCAGUGACGUGCACAGAUACACGCACACACACAACACACAUACGCUCACAUUAUAUCCUACUCGAAGCGAAUACCCUAGCAGGAUAUUGUAAAUAAAAUGUGAACAAAUAAGGUGGAUAAAAGAAACAUACUACAUGUGAAUACAAUUCAAAGUAGUUUUAGCGUCGCUACUUUUGUACCGAAUCGCUAGUGAUAACAGUAACCAAAUAAAACAUUACAAAUCUG